CUCAGGUGUGAGGGGAGGGGGAAGGCGCUCAAGAUGGCGGCGGGCGAGGCAGCGGGCCGGUACCGGAGCUCCAUGAGCAAGAGCAAGGACCCCUCGGGGCUGCUCAUCUCUGUCAUCAGGACCUUAUCCACCAGUGAUGAUGUUGAGGACAGAGAGACUGAAAAAGGUCGCCUGGAAGAAGCUUAUGAGAAAUGUGACCGGGAUUUGGAUGAGCUCAUUGUCCAGCACUACACCGAGCUCACCACCGCCAUCCGCACCUACCAGAGCAUCACGGAGCGCAUCACCAACUCCCGUAACAAGAUCAAACAGGUGAAGGAGAAUCUGCUGUCGUGCAAGAUGCUGCUGCACUGCAAGAGGGAUGAGCUGCGCAAGCUGUGGAUUGAGGGGAUUGAGCACAAACAUGUCCUGAAUUUGCUGGAUGAGAUAGAGAACAUCAAGCAAGUGCCUCAGAAGCUGGAGCAGUGCAUGGCCAGCAAGGAUUAUCUCAAUGCCACAGACAUGCUGGUCUCAGCUGUGGAUUCCUUGGAAGGUCCCCUUCUUCAGGUGGAGGGAUUGAGUGAUCUGAGGCUGGAGCUCCACAGCAAGAAGAUGAACAUGCACUUGGUGCUGAUUGAUGAGUUACACCGUCACCUUUACAUCAAGUCUACUAACAGAGUAGGGCAACGCAGCAAGGAGAAAGGGAGAAUAAGUUCACUUGUCAAAGAUGCCUCUCCUGUACCUCUUAUGGAUGUUACUAACCUGUCUACACCUCGAAAAUUCCUUGAAACUUCCCAGUUUGGUACUCCUGGAAGCACCAGCUUGCGAGAAACAAGCCUUCUGGAAAUUAAAGAAGAUCUGGACCUGGAUCCAGAGGAGAACAGCACUGUCUUCAUGGGCAUCCUCAUCAAAGGGCUGGCCAAGCUGAAAAAAAUCCCUGAAACAGUGAAAGCCAUCCAGGAUCGCUUAGAACAAGAACUGAAGCAGAUUGUUAAGAGGUCCACGACCCAGGUGGCAGACAAUGGUUACCAGAGAGGAGAGAAUCUUUCCCAGGACAAUCAGCCUAGGUUACUCCUGGAGCUGCUGGAGCUUCUCUUUGACAAGUUCAAUGCUGUGGCUGCUGCUCACUCUGUUGUCCUGGGACAUCUUCAGCAAACAGUGGCUUCUCCUUGCAGCCAGUAUGAUGGUGACAUCAAGCUCUAUGACAUGGUUGAUGUCUGGGUGAAGAUCCAAGAUGUCUUGCAGAUGCUGCUGACUGAGUACCUGGACAUGAAGAACACCCGGGCUGCCUCGGAGCCGUCUGCCCAGCUCAGCUAUGCCAGCUCUGGGAGAGAAUUUGCAGCCUUCUUUGCAAAGAAGAAACCACAAAGACCUAAAAACCCUUUGUUCAAGUUUGAGUCCUCAUCCCAUGCUAUUAGCAUGAGUGCCUACUUGAGGGAGCAGAGAAGGGAACUGUACAGCAGAAGUGGAGAACUUCAAGGAGGACCAGAUGAUAACUUAAUUGAAGGUGGUGGAUCCAAGUUUGUCUGCAAGCCAGGAGCCAGGAACAUUACCAUCAUCUUUCAUCCCCUCCUCAGAUUUAUCCAGGAGAUAGAACAUGCCAUGGAGCUUGGCCCAACCAAGCAGUGUCCCCUCCGUGAGUUCCUCACCAUGUACAUCAAGAACAUUUUCCUCAAUCAGGUCCUGGCUGAAAUCAACAAAGAGAUUGAAGGUGUCACCAAAGCAUCUGAUCCCCUGAAAAUACUUUCUAAUGCAGAUACCAUGAAGAUCCUUGGUGUGCAACGACCACUCCUGCAGAGCACUGUAAUUGUGGAGAAGACUGUUCAAGACCUGAUGAACCUGAUGCAUGACUUGAGUGCCUAUUCAGAUCAAUUCCUCAACAUGGUGUGUGUGAAACUCCAGGAGUACAAGGACACCUGCACCCUUGCCUACAGGAGCAUUGUGCAGUCAGAUGAAAAGUUGGUGAUCAGUGCAUCCUGGGCUAAAGAUGAUGACAUUACCAGACUCCUAAAAUCUCUGCCCAACUGGAGCAACAUGGCACAACCCAAGCAACUGAGACCCAAAAGGGAGGAGGAAGAAGAUUUUAUAAGGGCUGCUUUUGGCAAAGAGUCAGAAGUUCUGAUUGGCAACCUGGGAGAUAAACUCAUCCCUCAGCAGGAGAUCAUGCGGGACGUCAGCGACCUCAAGUCCUUGGCCAACAUGCAUGAGAGCCUGGAGUGGUUAGCAGGUCGGACCAAAGCAGCCUUCUCCAGCCUCUCAGCCACCCAGACCAUGUCUCCUGGCCAGGACAGUCAUGCCAGCAUGGAACAUUUUCCUGCAUCUGAACAGAUCCUGCAAACCCUGAGUGAGCUGGCCAGGGCUUUCCAAGAGAUGGCUGAUCGCUGCCUGCUGGUCCUGCAUUUGGAAGUCAGAGUUCAUUGCUUUCAUUACCUGAUCCCCUUGGCCAAACAAGGGAAUUAUGCUAUCGUUGCCAACGUGGAGAGCAUGGACUAUGACCCCCUCGUUGUCCGCCUCAACAAGGACAUCAGUGCCAUUGAGGAAGCCAUGAGUGCCAGCCUCCAGCAGCACAAGUUCCAGUACAUCUUUGAAGGUUUGGGCCACCUGAUUUCCUGCAUCCUCAUCAAUGGUGCCCACUACUUCAAACGUAUCAGUGAAUCCGGGAUCAAGAAAAUGUGUAGGAACAUCUUCAUCCUCCAGCAAAACCUGACCAACAUCACCAUGUCCAGAGAAGCUGACCUAGACUUUGCAAGGCAGUAUUAUGAGAUGCUCUACAACACAGCAGAUGAGCUCUUAAACCUGGUGGUGGAUCAAGGGGUGAAGUACACAGAGCUGGAAUACAUCUAUGCCCUGAACUUACUGCACAGAAGCCAAACAGGGGUGGGAGACCAAACCACCCAGAACAUGAGGUUGCAGAGGCUGAAGGAGAUCAUUUGUGAGCAGGCAGCUAUCAAGCAGGCCACCAAGGACAAGAAAAUCACCACUGUGUAAUCUGCUCUGUCCCUUUCAUUAAGGGAGCAGCAGAGGCUGUCAGGUUGCAGGUCCCAAACCUCUGCAUUUCUUGUAAUCAUCAAAAGCAAAAAGCUCACAUCUUUUUGGGUGGCAUUGUGCUAGGGAAAUGGCAUUUGGGGUUUGGGUUUUGGGGUUGUUUUGUUGGGGUGGGGGAUUGAUGUGUAAUCACUUAAUGCUUCCUUCAAGUGUUCUCCCAAGUAUUCCCUGCAGGAAGAGGCAUCUUGGGGGAGAUUCCUGGGGGAGCUUUGGUUUUGCUGCUGCUGCUGCUUUGUCAUGGGAUGCAAAGGGAAAGGAUGUAGACAAGAUGUAGCACUUGGGGUGGGUCAGAGCCUUCAGGGAAGUUCAGAGCAUGCUGAAUUAAACAGCACCAUGACAGGGAAGCACAAACCUCUUGGCCACAUCUGGGAUCUUGAUGGUUUUGAAGCCAUUCCAACUGGGUUGCUGCAUGGAGCCUGUUUCAGCUCUUCCCCAUGGCAGCUGUAGAUGCAUUAAGUUUUCUGCUGUUUCCACAGCAAAGAGAUCUUGAUGUUUAUUCCUUCCCAUAGCCAGAAGCCAAGUCUCAUCAUGGAAGGUAGCUUGGGACCAUUUGUUUCCACUUCUCCUUUCUUUUUCAUUAUCCCAGAGCCAUAUGGCAUCAGUUUCUGCAGCACUGGAUGAUGGGGGAUGGAGGAGAAAAAUUGCCAAGAUGAGGUAGCAGCAAAACUUAACUCUCUUUUUUUUUUUCUUCUUUUUUCCUGAAAAUAUCUUUUGGAAUCUCCUCAAAGAUAUUUUGUACUCAUCAUUUGAUGUCCUGGGAGCACACACAAGCUUCUGGAGCUCAGCACUAAUGAUCAGCAAGGGCAGGAGGAAGGUAGAUCCCAAUUUUACAGUCUGAGGUGCACCCAAGUCCCCAUUUCUGGUGACAUCUCUAAUUUCUGCCCACCUAAAGCCACCUGGUAAAAGGUUCUUCAUUCAUGGAGGCUGAGGAGUUCAUACCACCCCUCCAAGCCAAGAAAAACACCCUGCACUGGUAUUUGUCAAGCAGAUUGUCAACCCAGGUGGGUUCCACAUGCUGAGAUGGGUUCUCUCUGAGCUCUGUAACUGCUUGUGUGUCAGUCUUGAAACUGCAAAAUUAAAGGAUGCUUAAAGA